UGUGCCUCUGAGCGUGUGCAGAGCGUCUUUCCGGCACCAUUCUCAGUAAACGCAGCCAGACUUCGUGCAGCCAUUCUGAUCCCGGGUAUAGCUUUCCGACUGGAGUGGGCGGCUUCUAACCGGGCGCCUUCUUGAGCCUUAUUUAGCUUAGUGGUCACCCACCGCUUUGAACGCAAAUAAUUAAGGAAGAAGGCAUGUUUACAACACUUAGUAAACCUGUUUGCUGAUGCAAUGGAAGAAACCAGGGCCAAUGGAAGGAGUCAUUUUCUCUGGGAUUCAUUGUUUAUUGUUGUAUAUUGAGAUGAAUAUAAAGAUGGUAUGACUGGCAACCCCAGCGAUUUGAAGAAACCCAUCACCUAUGAGGAAAAAUUAAAUCAGCAAUCCAGUCUCAACUGAAAUCAUGGGAUGUGGCACUUCUAUUACAAGGAGCCAGGUGAACAAAUCAGAAAGAGCCAUUAAAGCGGCUAUCCUCAUUCAAAGGUGGUAUCGAUCUUACAUGGCUCGGAUGGAGAUGAGGCGGCGAUAUGCACUGAGUAUUUUUCAGUCAAUUGAAUAUGCAGACGAACAAGCACAACUACAGCUAUCCAAGUUUUUCACAUUCAUGCUGGACCAUUUUACUCAGACCAAUGAGACUGAUCCGGACAUCAGCUCUCACUUUUUCUCCACCACCAGCGGUUCCAGUUUAGCAGGUUCAGAUCUUACAAUGAGAGAAUAUGAGACAACAAUAGAGGUCCCAGCUUCCUACUAUGGACCCCGUCUUUGUUUUCCCCUCACUGUUGCUGACACUGAUAUGCUUCUUCAGGCUUUCAAGCAUCGACAGCACCUUCAUGCUCGAUAUGUGCUUCAGCUACUACAUGAGACCAGGAAGGUCCUUCAGCAGAUGCCAAAUAUCACUCACCUGUCAACUUCUUAUGCCAAGGAAAUAACCAUCUGUGGUGAUCUGCAUGGAAAGCUGGAUGAUCUUUUGCUGAUUUUCUACAAGAAUGGUCUUCCUUCAGAAGAAAAUCCCUACAUUUUUAAUGGAGAUUUUGUUGACAGAGGAAAAAAUUCCAUAGAAAUACUCAUAAUCCUGUUUGCAUUUCUUCUUGUCUACCCUAACCAUUUACAUUUGAACAGAGGGAACCAUGAGGACCACAUCAUGAAUCUUAGAUAUGGAUUCACAAAAGAAGUUAUGAAGAAGUACCGGUGCUAUGGAAAAACAAUUUUACAUCUUCUAGAAGAUGUCUAUAGCUGGCUUCCUCUUGCAACUAUAAUUGACAGCAAAGUUCUUAUUUUACAUGGAGGGAUAUCGGAUAGUACUGAUUUGAAUUUCCUGAAUUUAUUUCAGAGAAACAAGCUGAAGUCUGUGCUGAAACCAGUGAAGUCAAAUACAGAGACAAUGUAUGAGCCACAAGGAACUAGUCUCACAGAAACCUGUUCCCACCUAAUGGAAGUCAAGAAGUCCCUCUCUGGGCAGGACAUCUCUGUCAAAGAAGCCAUGAGGUCCACAUCAGCAUCUAGCGAGAGAAGACAAUACAGCAGGGAAGUGUCUGAUGCCAAAGAGCAUCUUGACAACCUCCCUGACAGACCCAGUUCUAGUCCCCUUCUGGAGGUGCAAUAUCUUAAGCCUCACAGUGUUACUGCACCGUACACAUCCUCAGAAUUAACAACGAAGGAGUGGAAGCAAGUGGUGGAUAUUCUCUGGAGUGAUCCUAAACAUCAAAAUGGAUGUACACCAAACAAAUUUCGAGGAGGCGGUUGCUACUUUGGACCAGAUGUUACUGCCACGUUGCUAAAACGUUAUAAUUUGAAAAUGCUCAUCAGGUCACAUGAAUGCAAACAGGAAGGCUAUGAGAUAAGCCAUAAUGGAAAGGUUGUCACUAUUUUUUCUGCCUCAAACUACUAUGAAGAGGGAAGCAAUCGUGGGGCUUACAUCAAACUCAAUCCAGAUCUGAUCCCCCGUUUUGUUCAGUAUCAAGUCAGCAAAUCUACAUGUAAACAGACACUUCAUCAGAGGGUGACUACAAUUGAGCUGUCUGCCUUAAAGUGUUUGCGAGAGAAACUUUACACACACAAAUCAGAACUGAUUGCAGCUUUUAGACAGUAUGAUUCGAAUUAUACAGGAAGGAUUUCUCCCAGUGAGUGGGCUUCAGCAGUAGAGUCUGUUCUAUGUCUUGACCUCCCCUGGAGAACUUUGUGUUCCCAGCUAGUUUAUCUGGCCGAGGAUGGUAGAGUUGAAUAUCUUUCAUCUUUUGACAAUUUAGAAAUCAAAUUACCCAUCAAAGAGGUUCAGCCAUCUUUGGUGGAAACCCUGUGCAGAUACAAAACUGAUCUGGAGAUAAUCUUUAAUAUGAUUGACAAAGAUCAUUCAGGUCUUAUCUCUGUUGAUGAAUUCCGUCAGACGUGGAAGCUAUUUAACCUGCACCUGAGAAUCAAUGUAAAUGAUGAAUCCAUUGACAGCUUAGCCCGUAGUAUUGAUUUCAACAAAGAUGGUAGCAUUGAUUUCAAUGAAUUUCUGGAAGCUUUUCAUGUAGUCCAUAAAAUUGAGAAUAGGUACAGUCUCUAAAGAAGCUGGAUUCCUGACAAGAUUUUUUCAUGUCAUAUUUUGCUAAGAAACAUUUGCUGCCUUAAUACUGAUAAAUUGUAUUGAGCAGCAUUCUUAGAAAACUGUUCAGGGGAGGCACUAUGUUAUUAUAUGUAAGAGUUGCUAUGUGGCAGAAUGCUGCUAAUGAGAGAGACAGAAACAUACAGAUGAAAAAAUAUGGUUUAAAGAUACCAUAUAAAUGAUGCUCUGCACAAUGACUAAUAUAGUGCCAUAUGGAGAAUCUCAGGGUUAUUCUAAUCACUAUUCCUUUAGAAAGCUUUUUCAUAUGCAGCAUUUUCCUUAUUCUGAAACAUACAUUAGUGUCAGACAAAAAAUCUAACUAUGCAUGCUAUCAAGUAUAAAGAAUAGUGUAGUUCUUGCUGGCCUAAUGGAGUACAUAUGGCACAGCUGAUACUCCCACAAUCUUCAUGUAUGAUGUAUUUCUAUCAGGAACUGUGAUUGCUGAGAAAUAGCAAACAAGAUUUAUUAUAAAGAAUAUGUGGGGGCUAAUGUAGUUUCCAAGAAUACUGAUGAGAGAUGAAGGCUUAAAAGACAUGUAGGUGCACAAAUAUAAAAUAUUUGUCAUUUUUUGUUGUCCUUGGCUAAUCUGUUGUAUCAGAAGUUUGUAUCUUCUAAAUGUGCUGGAAGGAAUCCACGUUCCAUUCUUACAUUUAAAGCAAUUAUGACUUUUGCAUCAUGCAGGUCAAUUGGGAAUUGAAGUCUUAGUAGCGUAUGCCUGAAAAGGAAUGAACCCAAGAACUGCCUAGGCUACUGAACAACAUUAAGAAAUUAUGAACUGGAUGGAUAAUAAAAUACUGGGAACAAACAGAUGUAGAAAUAGUAAUAAGGGAACUAUUCACUUGAUUUUAAAUAGGGAGAUGGGAUGAUGGGAUUGUUUUAAUAGUAUUUAUUCCUAUGUG